AUGGGAUUUAUUAAUCCAGGAAAAUCUUUGAGGAAGAGAAAGCUGAGGAGCAACACUCCCUUACCUGCUAAAAUACCAAAAGUAUCUCCAUUCUUAUCCCAACCACAACUGCAAUAUGCUCCAGCCAUUUCACUAAUUACAUUACCAGUGGAGAUUAUUCACAAAAUAUUUGUUUACGUUGGACCAAGUGAAAACUAUCUCCCCUUAGUUAACAAACACAUGUAUUCCAUUCUUCGAUUCAAUGGUGAUAUACAAGCGGAAAGUAUCUGUAAUUAUCCCCUCCUCAAGUCCAUGGUGAACAGUUACUUCUAUUUUGACCUAAACAUAAGAAUAAACCACCAAUGUCUCCAAAUGAAAUUAAAGUAUUACAAUAGCAAACUUGAGAGCAUCCAGCAACAAUAUCCAGAAUAUACGAGAAGUUCACACUACAAUCGGAUACGUGGAAAUUUGACUAUUGUGGAAUCUACAUUACAACUGUUUAAUCAAAAUCGUUAUGCGUUGUUGGUUGAUAUUUUGAAUUUCAAAUUUGUAUCAAGUCAGGUACUUUAUAGACUAAGGAAAGAAAGAGAAACAAUGGAUCAAGGAUUACCUAUAAGAUCAAUGGCUGAGAUUAUAUUAUUGCAAAAACUGAGGUUGAAAUUUUUGCGAUUAAAAUUCAAUGAAAUGGGUGUCAACUUGAAAAGAUUGUUGAGUGAGAUAGAUAGUGGACUGAUCGAGACAUCUGUGAAUUUUGAUGUUGAAAGUAUUCAACGGUCUUUACUUGAUGAGCCUGAAGAUGAUUUGAACCCUCCUUUCCAAUAUUUUGAAGAUGAAAAUUUGCCAACAGAAGGUUUUCUGUCAUGUACUAGUGACAAAUAUAUUAAAGAGUCCGAAGGUUUCCUUCACUUCAACGAGGGAUUUGAAACAAUUGAAGACGAAGCACCUGGUAGAUCCAAGAUACCUGAGCUUUUCUUUAUAAAGUCUAUGUAUUCGAGGCGUCACUAUGAUACUUUGAACUAUUUAAAAAGUUUUUAUAAAUUUGGAACAAUUGAUGGACCUAAAGCAAUUGUUGGUUUAUUGAAUGUAUUGGAAUCUCCUCACAAGUAUCAAGUUUUGAAUUGGUCCCAACUUGGAAGUUUGGUUGAUUAUGUGUGCGCUUGUAAUAACCCACAAUAUAAAUUCACUGAAGCGAUUGUUUCCCUGUUUAGAUUAUAUGCCCAUUAUAAGAGCAAGGACCACCCUUUACCUUUUGACAUUAAAGUGAAUAUUGCAGAUGCAAUCAAUAUGAUAUUACAGAUGAUAGAGACUUUAGUAGAACAUUUUUUUGCCCACGAUCAUAACAAUGAGGAACGACGACAAUUAUGGAUCGAGGCAAUGCAACUUAAAGAUAUUUGCUUGACAGAUUUGUUAGGCAAAUAUGACGACAAUCCUGAUUACGAUAUACUACAUAGAUUUGGUUAA